UGAGUGGUUUUCCAGUGAAGUGACGUUUUGGUUAAAAGAAGAAAUGGCCCUUCAGGAGCUCAGCCGGCGACUGGCCAUAGUGACCACUCUAGUCGAUGAAAUUAUGCAGCAGGAAAUCAGGCCAUUGGUAGCAGUGGAUAUAAUUGAACAACUUCACAGGCAAUUUGCCAUUCUUUCAGGAGGCCGAGGGAAAGAUGGUGCCCCCAUUAUCACUUUCCCAGCGUUUGUGGGGUUCAAACACAUUGCCGAUGAGGACUUCCUGAAUGUCAUGACCUACCUGACUAGCAUCCCCAGCGUGGAGGCUGCCAGCAUCGGAUUCAUCAUUGUUAUUGACAGACGAAGAGACAAGUGGAGCUCCAUAAAAGCAUCCUUGACACGAAUAUCUGUAGCCUUUCCAGGAAACCUGAAGCUCAUGAUCAUUCUUCGUCCAUCUUGCUUUAUCCAGAGGACAUUCACCGACAUUGGCAUCAAGCACUAUCGAGAUGAAUUUAAAAAGAAAGUGCCGAUCAUUAUGUUAAAUUCUGUCUCUGACCUUCAUGGCUACAUUGACAAAAGCCAACUUACAGAGGACUUGGGGGGGACUCUGGAAUAUCGCCACAGUCAGUGGAUAAAUCAUCGAACUGCCAUUGAAAACUUUGCCUUGACAUUGAAGACCACUGCCCAGAUGCUCCAGACAUUUGGGACCUUUCUGGCUGCGACUGAGCUGCCCAAAAACUUGCCAUCCACUGAAGAGCUCCUGAUGUCCUAUACGAGGCAGAGGGACAAACUGCAGGAAGAGCUGAAGUUACUUGGGAAGCAAGGGGCCACAUUGCUGUCAUGCAUUCAAGAACCAGCAACCAAAAAUCCUACCAGCAAACUCAAUCCCAAUGAACUUGAGAAUGUAGCUACCAUGGAAAGGUUAUUCAUUCAGUUGGAUGAAACAGGAAGAGCCUUUAGUCAGUUUUGGUCUGAGCAUCUCCUACAGCUUAACCAAUACCUACAACUACAGCACUUUGAGCACAAUUUUUGUGAGGUUAAGCUUGCCCUGGAUGGUUUAUUGGCAGAGCAAGCGGAGUUUACAGACCUUGGAGACAGCGUGAUAUGUGUGGAGCAACUUCUUAAGGAGCACAAAAAACUGGAAGGAAAAGGCCAGGAGCCCUUGGAAAAGGCCCAGCUGCUUGCAGUAACUGGGGAACAGCUUGUCCAAAGCCACCACUCUGCAGUGGACUCCAUCAGACCCAGGUGUGUGGAGCUUAGGCACCUCUGUGAUGACUUCAUCAACGAAAACAAGAAAAAAUGUGACAUUUUAGGAAAGUCCUUGGAGUUGCAUAGAAGGUUGGACAAGGUCAGCCAGUGGUGUGAAGCAGGAAUCUACCUCUUGGCUUCCCAAGCUGUAGACAAGUGCCAGUCAAGAGAAGGGGUUGACAUUGCCUUGCACGACAUUGAGGCCUUCUUGGGCACAGCAGAGGAGUACCAGUUGUCCAGCUCCAAGGAGUUUUACAACCAGUUUGAGUUGAUGCUCCCCCUUGAUGUAAAGGCCAAAGCCCAGAAAGUCCUGCAGAAGCUAGGUGAUGUACAGGAAAUAUUUCACAAGAGGCAAAUGAGUCUGAUGAAACUGGCAGCCAGACAGACUCGUCCUGUGCAACCCGUGGCCCCCCAUCCUGAGUCCUCCCCAAAAUGGGUGUCACCGAAAACCAGCCAGCCCUCUGCCUUGGCUCCUCUUCAGAAGACAUCUGAGGAAACUUAUGCAGAGACAGAUCUGAACUCCCUGGAGAAGGAAAAUGAUGAGACUAAGUCUGAAGUCAAGAAUGAAAAAAUACUUGAAAGCCACCACGAUGGGGAGACCCCUGAGCUGAAGCAGCUUGACAGUCCUGAAAAUCUUUCCUCCCGCAGGCGCAUUAUAUGUGAUUUGCUUGAAACUGAAGACAGUUAUAUAAAAGAGAUCAAGAGCAUAAUUGAUGGAUAUAUCAUGCCAAUGGACUUUAUUUGGCUGAAGCAUCUGAUUCCAGAUGUUCUUCAGAAUAACAAGGACUUUCUCUUUGGAAAUAUUAGAGAACUUUAUGAAUUUCACAGCAGGACUUUUCUAAAAGAGUUGGAAAAAUGCACUGAAAACACUGAACUUCUGGCACGUUGCUUUCUCAAGAGAAAAGAAGAUCUUCAAAUAUAUUUUAAAUACCAUAAGAAUCUGCCCCGAGCAAGGGCAAUCUGGCAAGAAUGUCAAGACUGUGCCUACUUUGGGGUAUGCCAGCGCCAGUUGGAUCACAAGCUCCCUCUUUUUAAGUACCUUAGAGGACCAAGCCACAGGCUUACACAAUACCAGAUGCUACUGAAGGGUCUGCUGGAUUUUGAGUCUUGUGAGGAUUUGGAGAUAGGCCCAGGUGACCUAGAGGGAGGUUCAAUUAAGAAUGGACCACAGAGGACCAAGGACUCAGUAUUGUUAGCUGAAAUACAACAGGCUUUGACUGUGUUGGAGGAUCUGAUCCAGUCCUGUGAGUUGGCUGUGGACCUGGCAGCAGUCACCGAAUGUCCGGAUGAUAUUGGAAAACUGGGCAAGCUGUUGAUGCAUGAGUCUUUCAACGUCUGGACAGUUCACAAAGAUCGUCAUAAGAUGAAGGAUUUUAUUCGAUUUAAGCCCAGCCAGAGGCAAAUCUACCUGUUUGAAAGGGGAAUAGUGUUCUGUAAGAUACGGAUGGAGACCAGCUACCAAGGCCUAUCUCCUCAAUACAGCUUUAAGAAGUCUAUAAAGUUGAUGACACUUUCAAUUCGCCAACUUGGAAGGGGGAGCAAUAGAAAGUUUGAAAUUGCCAACCAGAAUGGACUUGAGAAGUACAUCUUGCAGGCAGCUUCAAAAGAAAUCAGAGAUUGUUGGUUUUCAGAAAUAAGUAAAUUAUUGAUGGAACAACAAAACAGUACCAAAGGCCGCUCCGGAAGGGAGUCCAUCUCCACAGACACCUCUGAGGAUCGUGACGGCGCAGAACAGAUGGAAAAGGAGAGCAGUGCUCCGAGUCUCUCGGGACUUUUCCAGCUGGACGACAGUUGUGAAGCCUGUUCCUCCAAACGUGUUCUGGACACGGGAGAACACAUGCGGGGGGAGAAAGGCGGCGAGCAGGCGGGCACGUGAGUGUGAACGAGCAAA